GUUGGGGCAGUUUGAAACAAAUUUUCGUUCACGAAUUUUUAUAUGGUAUGAAACAUUACUGAAGUGUGACGAAUAAUAAUGGCAGCAAAUAAAAAAUUUAAGUUACUUAUUCAUUCGGCUCGUCAACUGGUACAAGUUUGCUCAAAAGGUGAAAAAGUGUUGCGAGGAGUUGAUAUGAGUCACGUGGCCAUUUUAGAAAGCAAAGAGUCUGAGGGUGAUACUCUUAGUGGUAUUAGUGUUGUUGUUGAUAGAGAUGGUAAAAUAGCAGAUAUUGGAAAUGAUGAAGAAAUUAUUUUUAAGUACAAAAAUGAAGUUUUUGAUACACAAGUGGAUGCUAGUGGAAUGUGCAUUCUACCAGGAUUUAUUGAUGCUCACACACAUCCUGUCUGGGAUGGUGACAGAGUCCAUGAAUUUGCCAUGAAGCUUGCUGGAGCCACAUACAUGGAAGUACAUGCUGCUGGAGGUGGAAUUCAUUACACAGUUGACCAUACUCAAGAGGCCUCGGAAGAAAAACUCUUAAUGUUAUUCAUCCAACGACUUCAUUGUAUGCUCCAAGCAGGAACGACACUCAUAGAAGCAAAAUCAGGCUAUGGACUUGAUGCGGAGAAUGAGAUUAAAUUGCUUAGGGUUAUUGAAAGAGCAAAAUUUGUUCAGCCAAUAGAAAUCUCAUCAACAUAUUGUGGAGCACAUGCUGUUCCAAAAGGUAUGACUUCACAACAGGCCACUGAUGAUAUAAUCAGUGACCAGCUUCCAAGGAUUAAAGAUCUGAUGAACAAAGGAAGUCUCUGUGUGGAUAACAUUGAUGUUUUCUGCGAGAAAGGAGUUUUUGAGGUAGAAGAAAGCAAAAAGAUCUUACAAGCUGGACAGUUGUUGGGUUUGAGGGUAAACUUCCAUGCUGAAGAAUUACACUGCAUUCAUGGAGCUGAGAUGGGAGCAAAGCUUGGUGCUGAGGCUAUAUCACACCUUGAAGAAAUCUGUGAAGCAGGAAUACAGGCUAUGGCCAAAGCAGGAACAAUAGCUGUUAUCCUCCCAACAACACAAUACAUUUUACGUUUACGACCUCCUCCUGUACGCCAAAUGAUUGAAGCAGGAAUCCCCAUUGCUCUUGGGACAGAUUUUAAUCCCAAUGCCUACUGUUUAUCCAUGCCAUUGACAAUGCAUCUUGCUUGUGUUAACUUUCGUAUGAGUAUGCCGGAAGCCCUUGUGGCCUCUACAAUUAAUGCAGCAGCAGCCCUUGGAAAGUCUUUGACCCAUGGAUCGAUAGAAAUUGGAAAAUUUGCUGACAUGGUGGUGAUUGAAGCACCAAGGUGGGAACAUAUAGUGUAUCAGCUGGGAGGCCAUGAUCAACUUAUCAAGGUAGUCAUUAAACAUGGAAAUGUUGUCCAUAAAAGAACGCAGUGAUCUUUAAGGAAGGAAAAAAGGUUUGACUUUGGUAGGAAAAACAAAUAUUUCAGAAACCACAGUUUUGGAAGCUCCAGCUAAGCAUGAAUUUUGGGAACGGUUUAAACUUGAUCCUGUCGAUGGUGUGUGAUGACGAACCUUUGAACAUAACAGCCGGUAGUAAGCUUGACGGUAAUGACGAUUCAUCACUGCAUAGAUGAAUGGAUUGAUACAAGAUGACAUCCAUGCCAAGACUGAAGCUAGGACAUGUAUGGUAGGGUAUCUGAAAAAAUGGAUUGUUUAUUUUUGUUCAGAGAUUUGAAAGAGGUUCUUAGUAAAAACCUAUUCCUUGUUUAGUUUACUCAUACACUUGAAAUAUUAUAAGUUUUCUGUUAUAUUUUAAAUAAGUGUUUGGCAGGAUACCUUAAAACAGGCUUAUAAAUAAUUAUUGUUUAAGAUAUGUGUGUUUAACCAUUUCUUUUGGUAUGUCUUAUUAUAGAUUUAUUGCCAGAUAACUUUUAUUAUACUCUAUUAUAUACUUACUGCUUUUUAUUAUUCUUUGUUACUUGUUAAAUUUAAGUUGUUUUUCAAACAACCCAAAAAUUAUAUAGUUUUAAUACUCUAUGAAACAAAUAAAAGUAUCAGAUAUGAGCUUUCAUUUGUAUUUGUUUUGAUUUAUGCAAAUUAGUCUUCUUAACUCUUGUUUUGGAAUAUUGUCUGAAGAAUUAAUUCAUUCAUCAUUUACAAUGACAUAUUUUUUUUGUUCAAAUGUUUGUUUGUAUCAAACCAAUAUGGAAGUUCUUUCACUCUAGUUAAAAAUAAUUCUUAUUUUUUUACAAUCUGGUUUAAGUAUGGCUUAGUGAUUAGCAUGGUUUGUGUGAUCUGUUGUCACAAAAAUUCACACCGUACUUAGGAACCAUGGAUGCACUAUGAAAAUUCUAAAAUUUUUUAAACCCAUCUUGGACAACAUAAAAAAUACAGCCUAGCCUUAAAGGAGAACUGUAUUUUAAAAUAACAGUGAAUUGCUUAAAUUCAUUCUAUAGUGAAAAGUUAGUCCUUAACCCAUAUACAAAUGUAUGUAAAUAAAAGCUGAGUUAUUAGAGCAAUCCUGAAUGGCCAACUGGGAAGUCAAACAAGAGAUAAAAAAAGAGAAUUAUUAAUAAAUUUUUGUUUGGUUUAUGUAUAUACAAUAUUGAAGACAAUAAAAAUGUUAAAUAUAUAUGUUAAGUGAAGAAAAAGAAAAAUGUAAUCAAAGCAACUUUAUAAAUUAUCCCAAAGUUUUUACAAAGGGAUUGUGUAAUGGGUGAUUAUAUACACCAUAUAUUUUGUAAAGUAAAUUUACUUGUUCAUA